AUGAAUUUCCGCGCUACCUACCUACUUGGCCACUUUUACGCCCAACUGCGAGAUCAGCCUUCAUCUGUCGCUGUUGAGAAUGUAACGCAGACUGCCAAUCAGAACAAUUUGAAUAGCAUCACUUACGCGCAACUUGAUAUUCUUUCGGAAAAAUGGAGCGAAAAGUUGCGACUUGCUGGAAUAGGGCCAGGAUGCAUAGUGCCUCUUCUCUCUACCCGCUCUAUUGCCAUGGUGGCAGCGGUCUUGGCAAUCCUCAAACUUCGUGCUAUCUACAUACCAAUUGACAUAGAGUCGUGGGGUGAAGAUCGAAUAGAAAGUGUCCUUCAAGCUGUUGAUCCGCCAGUCAUUGUUUCAACUUCCACGUCCCCAGCUCAUUCCUACCCGUAUUCUCGGGUCGAACUGCACAGUACUGGAAUCGAGGAUAUCGAGACAACUAAAGAUCAUUCGGCAAUAUACAAAGGCUCGGAUACAGCAGAUAGAGGCAAUGAUCUGGCAUACAUUAUCUUCACAAGUGGGACGACAGGGAAGCCGAAGGGAGUCAUGGUUGGCCAGAGGUCCAUUUCGCGCUAUGUGACAGAAGGUGGUGAGCUUCCCUUUAACUUGAAUGUGAAGGCCGGCACACGAGUGUUACUCAUAUGCUCAAUUGCAUUCGAUGUAUGUGCUGGUGUCAUGUUCAACACUCUCUGCAACGGUGGUACCCUUGUUCUGUCCGAUCCCCAAACACUUGAAGCAGCAGCCAAAACAUGUCAUGUUUUGCCGUUGACUCCAAGCAUUUUGGUGACACUGGACCCGGGAGCCGGUUUCGACGCUGUCGAGUCGAUCUUUCUAGGUGGUGAGAGUCCAAGCCCAUCACUGAUCGAGGCAUGGUCAUCGCCUCAUCGGCGGCUCUACAAUUCAUACGGACCCACAGAGACAACUUGCACCGCGCUCAUGGCGAAGCUACUACCUGGACAGCCCAUUACGAUAGGAUUUCCAAUCUCGUAUAGCACUAUUUUUCUUCUCGACGAGAAUGGAGACGAGUCUUCCGAAGGAGAAAUUUGCAUCGCUGGGCUCGGUUUAGCUCUCGGCUAUUUUCAGGAUCCGGGUCGUACUGCGAACUCUUUUGUAACCCGGAAUGGCAUAAAGAUUUAUAAGACCGGAGACUAUGGAAAAAUUACGGAUUACGGAAUACAGUUCUGCGGUCGAAAGGAUAGCAUGGUGAAAAACCGAGGCUUUUUGAUUAACCUAGAGGGCGACGUUGAGCCUGCGCUGCUGUCCUUCGACAGGGUCAAGCGCGCAUCCGCCUUCAUGGCACAAGGGCGAUUGAUUGCAUUCGUGAGCCCCGUUGGAGCCAAAACAGGCCUUCGAGAACACCUUCAGCAAACUACAUCCUCAUUUCUGAUCCCGGACACAGUUCAUUCCCUGGGUGACUUUCCGACUACUAGCAACGGGAAGGUCGAUCGGAAAAGGUUGCUGCAUAUGCAUGAAGCAGAACAAGAAGCAGACUCGAUCAAACUAGAAACAGGUUUACCCGCGCUAGAAGCUGUGCAAAGGGGCUUCUCAUAUGUUCUCAGAUUGCCGCAGUCGCACAUUCAUGAGGAUUCCUCAUUCCGUCGGUUGGGUGGGCAUUCUCUUGCUGCUGUCAUGCUAGUGUCAACAUUGAGAAAGAUGGGGCUUGAUGUAGGUGUUGCUGAAGUUCUCAUGCUAGACGAUGUGAGCAAGUUAUCCAAAAGUGCCCGGGUCAUGUUGGAUGCUGCCCCUUAUGCUUCGCCAGCGAACCAAGCCUUACUGGACCAUUUGAAAGAAGAGAUAUCGAUGACCAGGUCUCUUGGAAACCAAAAAAUAGCACCCAUGACCGACAUACAAACCAGAAUGAUAAGCGCCGGUCUUUCUAAUCCGGGGCAUUCAUUCAUCAAGACGUCUUUUACGUUUCAACAUCCUGGACAAGCCGACUUGGCGCCUCUUCUUUAUGCUGCUUGGGACCGUCUUCACCAGCGACAUGAAAUUCUACGGACAUCGUUUAUUCUCACUGCUUCACACGGUGCUCAGAUCAUAUCGGAUGAGCCUAAAUUUGCUUGGAAACAACGAUCAAUCAGCGAAUCCGAGUGGGAACCGGCCUGUCAAUCCGAAGAGCUUCUCGAUUUCAAUGGACUUCCUGAAUUCGAUGCCGGGAAUCGACAGUCAUUGUCUCAGGUCACUCUACUCACAUUGCAAAAUCGCCGCACUCGGUUUAUCUGGACAGUCCACCACAGUUUAGUUGAUGGAUGGUCCAUGGCAGCAUUAAUGCGCGACUUCGCCGCUUGUCUCGACAAUCAAGAGCUGCCGCCAGCAUCACAGUUUGCUCAGGUUUCUCAUGCAAUCCACAAGUUGGAAUUUGAUUCAUCGGACAGGGCCGUCACGUUCUGGAAAGAUUAUCUGAAAGGAUACCUUCCUGCUCAAAGACUUCGUUUGUCGCCGCCAUCCGACAUCAACGACUACACGCAAGGAGAUGUUUCCUAUCAACUCAGAGUCAGCGUGCCAGCUCUUGAACUUGCAGCAAAAGAGAAAUUUGCAGUCACUCCAGCGACAAUUCUAUACGCCGCAUGGGGCCUUCUCUUGUCCCGAUACUGCAGCGCCGAAAACAUCAUCCUGGGAGCCGUUCUUUCCGGUAGAAGUCUCCCUAUCCCAGGUGUUGAAGAUGUCAUCGGGCCUAUGAUUAACACCCUGCCGCUCAAAGUGAACACGGAUCAUAUCCAGUCCGUGCAAGGCUUUAUACGGUCGGUAUUUGAAAGUUUAUGUGGUAUCCUGGACUUCCAGUGGUCGCCCGUUUCCCUCGUCCAGGAAGCCUCAAGAUGCAAACCGGCAGAGCUCUUUGAGACACUUUUUGCCCUCCAAUAUGACUUUCCCCAAUCUCCAUGGGUAUCGAAAUUGACCUCCGCGCCGGAAGAUAUCUAUUACACAGAAGUGACACAAGUCCCGUUGACGGCUCUGCUAGACAGUUCUGAAGGAAGGUUCCGGGUCCGGUUUCUCUACCGGAAGUCUCACUUCGACGAUCGAGUUGUCCAACGGAUGAUGCGCCAAUUUGACGGUCUCCUCACAGGCCUUGUUGAUGCUACUCCAGGCUUUAGCUUAAAUCAUAUAACUUCAACCAUGCUCGCUGGCACUGCAAUCGGUAACUUCACUUCAAACUCAGCAGAGAUGGCCAGAAUCUCCAGCGACGCCGAGAACCUAGCGCAGGCAAUCAACCACAUGAUCCGAGAUCACCCCAAUAUAUGUGCCGUCGAGGGCCUAGCGAACUCUCACACAUACCACGAGUUCGGUAGGAUGACCGACAAAGUUGCUAGGCGACUAUCCAAGCACACAAAGUCAGGGGAUGUGAUCUGUGUCAUCAGUGACGGCUCCCUCUCGUGGGCUCUCGCCAUGAUCGCAGUUAUCAAAAUCGGCGCUAUUUACUGUCCUAUCGACCAGAUGCUUCCGAUUGAGCGAAAGAGAUACAUGGUUGGAAACUGUCAAGCAUCACUUGUUCUAUACACAAAUUCAGAGCAAGAGGUAAUGCCGUGUGACGUUCCAUCUCUCAACGUUGAGUCGAUUAUGGCGCAAGACAGCCCCUCGGCCGAUGCCAUUCCCUCUGUCAACAGCAUCGCCAGUGGUGAUGAUAUUGCCUGUUUGAUAUACACUUCGGGAAGCACAGGUCUUCCCAAAGCUGUCCAAAUACAACACAAAGGCAUCCUAAACGUGAUCUCCCAGCCGGAAGGAAGAUUACACUCGGUUCCAGGACAACGCAAUGCACAGAUGCUCUCGCUCGGAUUUGAUUGCUGCAUCAAGGAAGUCUUCUCGACCCUGUGCUUCGGAGCAACGCUCGUCCUGAAAGAUCCGGAGAACCCCAUCUCCCAUCUUUCCAGAGUUGACGCAACAAUGGCAACUCCGUCCCUGCUUGCAACGCUCGAUCCGUCCGAUUACCCUAAUUUGAAGAUAGUCACUGUCGCGGGGGAAGCGGUCUCCCAGGCUCUCAAUGAUAAAUGGUCUGUUGACCGCAUCAUGGUCAAUGGAUACGGUCCUGCGGAGUGCACUUUAAUCUCCACGGUUGCGAGGCUGCGUCCAGGAGAAAAUGUGUCAAUUGGGAAGCCACUGCCGGGUACAUCGUGUUACCUUCUUGACACGAUGAAAAGACCAGUCCCAAUCGGAGUCAGUGGAGAGAUCUACCUGGCUGGAAUACAAGUUACGCCUGGAUAUCUAUACAACGAGCAAGAAACAGCCAAGCGUUUCCUAAGCGAUCCCUUUCAUCCUGGCCAAAUCAUGUUUCGAACCGGUGAUAUUGGAAGACAACUUGAGAGCGGGAAUAUCGAAUACAUAGGCCGAGAAGACAACCAGAUCAAACUUCGUGGGUUCCGAAUCGAUCUUGGGGAAGUCCAAAGCACAAUUUCCAAAAUGGCGUCUGCAGCGAGGAACGUUGCGCUCGUCGUGUCAAAUGGAUACAUCAUUGCUUUCGUGACUCCAGAGACCAUCAACGUCACCGAUUUGGCAAAGCGUCUUGAGUCGCAACUUCCGGAGUAUGCAGUUCCAAACAAGAUCAUCGCACUUGCGACUCUUCCUACUUCUACGAACCAUAAAGUUGACACUGGUGCAUUGAAACGAUAUCUAAUUCAGCAAGACAAGCAAAACACGAGAUACGAAGAGCUUGAGACUGAUACUCAACGAGCCGUUGCAGUCAUCUGGGCAGAGGUUCUCACUCGCGAUAUCAAUCAAAUGCCCAUCAGUCCAAAGGACCGAUUCUUUGAGCUCGGUGGUCACUCCCUAUUGCAGAUAAAAGUGGCCCAGGCUAUAUCUAAACAAUGGAACAUCCGCCCGUUGCCUCUCAAAACGGUCAUUCGUCAUCCUAUCCUUCAGGAUUUGUCACUUGCCAUUGAGGAACUCCUUGGCGAUUCAACCAACACAAAUGACCCCGUGACAUCCUUCCUAGAAACCCCAUCAAUUCCACGAGAUAGUGACCUUCCGCUGUCAUAUCUUGAGAAGGAAAUGUUCCUCAAUCAUCUUAUCUCGGGUGGCUCUCCGGCCGGGAACAUGAACUACUUUUGCAAAAUCCAAGGCGAGAUCAACAUUGAGACUCUGGCGAGUGCCUUUCAAAUGGUGACAGCAGAUACCGAAGUAUUCCGUUCUAGAUAUCAAGUUUUGCAGGGUACAUUUUCCCGAUCGCUGGUGACCAGCAUCCCUGAAGUGCCGCGUGUCGUUCAGACUGGGAAUCUGGGCUCUUUUGUUCACGGCCGAGUAACCAAACCUUUUGAUCUCGCAAUUGAACCGCCCGUCGAUGUCUCUAUCGUCAUUGGGAGACCGAUGCAGGCCAUGCUAGUGGUCGUCAUGUCACACGUGGUCGGUGAUGCAACCACAAUGGCAACGUACCUCAAUCAGGUCUCAGAAACAUACGAUUUCCUGGCUGCCACCCCCCAAACUGGGUCGGGGACCAUUCUACCCCGAAGGUCAACGACUGAGAAAACAUACAUUGAUUGGGCACACUGGUCUCAAGCCAUACAGCCGAUUCCGCGGACUCUCUCGUUCUGGUCUUCGUAUCUGUCUGACCUCCCUAGACCGCUCACAUUCGGUAGCCCCAAGCCAGCGCCAGCCACAUACAUGGGAUUCACACGGUCAUGGACCCUUUCCGUGUCCAUGUUUCGCAGCCUGUCCCAGAUCGCCACGAAAGCGUCUGUAACAAUGCAUCAAAUUGCGCUAGCAGGGGUAUUCUUCUGCUUACAGUGCCUCGACCGACGGGAUGACAUGCUUCUCGCGGCGCCGUUCACUCAUCGUACAGAAGGCGGGACAGAACACAUGUCCGGUCUUUUUCUUGAUCGCUUGUUGAUUCGUAUUCGGAGGAAAAUAUUGGAGCACGAAACACUCGUCCAAUUCCUGGGAUCCGUCCGGGAAAGCAGCCAACAGGCUCUGGAAAACAUUAUCCCAUUCCGAACGUUGCGUCAGUUGGUCCAGUUUGCACCCAGCCUUUCUGAUCCCCUUUUCAAGGUUAUGGUUACAUAUCAUACUGCGGCUGACCAGCGACCGUUACUGAAACUGAAAGGCGCAGAGGUUCAGCCCAUUCCAUGCAGGAAUACGGGUGGCUCAAAGUUCCCUCUGACGGUUGAAUUCACGGAGACAACGCAGCAAGAAAUUCUGGUCGAUAUGGAAUGUGACAUGGGCUGUAUCAGCGAAGAGGUUGCACAGCGCCUAGAGUUCGCUCUGAUGUUUGCAUUGCAGCUCAUGAUCCUGGAAACCACGCCUGGUGAGAUUAUAGAUUUGGGGGCAUCAUCGUUCAAGCCUGCACCGAAUAGCGGGGUAGGAUGCACGAAUACGAUGGCCCAGGAAGCCAAGGAAUCGGGCGAUAGAAGGCUGCAGGAGCAGGGACUGUCGAGCAAUGGGGCGGUUGCGACGGUGGGAACGGAUGCAGUUGAGAUUUUCUCGGAGGCUAUUGGUGCUUGUCUUGAUCUCGACAAACCGGAAAUCGAUAGCCAAAAGUCAAUUUGGGAGCUGGGUGCUAGCAGUAUGGACGCCAUCAGAUUUCAGAAGCUUUGCGAAGAGCGUGGGAUCCAGGUGAGCCUCCGGGAUGUGUUUCUGGCUGGUAGUAUCGGACAGUUAGCGGCUCGUGAUGUGAUGGUCAGAUCCCUCUAG